AUGGGGGAUUGCGGGUCUGGCGACCUGGAGUGCCACGGCGGUGGUGCCGCCACGCCCGCCACGCUGGCCAAGUUCAUGCCCGACGGCAGCGGCGGGCCCGACUUCUUCGAUGUCAGCCUCAUGGACGGCUACAACCUGCCCAUGGCGGGCGCGGCGGGGUGCACGGUGGAGCUGAAUGCGGCGUGCCCCACGUACCUGCGCGUGGGCGGCGGCGUGGUGUGCCGAAGCGCGUGUGACUCUUUCAGGGACGCGCGCUACUACUGCAGCAGUGCGGGCGGGGUGCCGCCGCCGGAAGCAAAGGCCUCUGCAGCUGGGCACUCAUCGGUGGCGGGCGGAGAUGGGGUAGCGAGCUUGGGCGCGGGGCCCGGUGAGCCUUAG